GAUCGAGCAGCUAUGACGUAGAAAAAGAGGGGCACACCAAAACAGAGACAUAUAUCAAAUCCAAAUCCCCCUCUUUUAAUCCGCUACACUGAAAGUACAAAUCACCCUCCGAAUCAUACCUCCCCCUCCAUCAUCAUCAGCAGCACACGAAGCGAGAGAUAGAGAGAGAAGAGAGAAGAGACAGAGAGAGAGAGAGGGACACAGAAGAGAGAGAGUGGUGGCAUGACAGAGAUAUGCUGAGCGCAAGGUGUUCCACGUCCCAGGAAGCCUGCCGAUUUCUAAGGUGGAGCGGUGCAUGCGUCUCCACGGCGGAUGGUCCAGUUUCUUGAAGGACAGAGAGGAAGAGCGGAUCAUCAGAAAAGGCAACCAGAUUUUCAUUUGGGUGGGAAAGGGGAAGUUCUGUUGGCUGUGAAUAUCCGGGUCCAUCCACAUUUGGUAGUUGUUUCCAUCUUUGGAGGGCGGAGAACUCGAUCUUGGUCCUGGUCUGGUGUCGGCGUGUUUCGAGGGUUCUCUGUGAAGAAACAGAGGAUCGGAGUGGGAUUGUUCGGGAACUCUGGUCUGUCUUUCCUGUGAAUUGUGAGAUUCUGAAUCGCUGGAGGCGGAAGGACUGAAACUCCAAGGUGUGUGGUCUGCAUGUCCGCUCUGCUCUCGCAUCUUUCUUUCGCGUGUUAGAUCCUUCUGAAGUUAUUCCUUCCGGCGCUCCAAGUUUACCGAUUGUGGACGUGAAUUCCAAGUCUCUGGGGGAAUCUCGUGGGAACAGAGGAAGCACACGGCAAUUGCAAGAAGGGUUUCCUUUUGAGGGGCUAUCAGAAGAUCAUUCGCAUCUGUCUCUGCUCGUCUUCAGUUCGUUUCUUCGUUGCUCAAGGCCCAGAGGUUGGAUUUUGAGGUAUCUCUGAAUAUCGGUGCCAAGUCUCAACAGGCGCAAACAAGGCAAUUCAGAGGAUUCAGAAGGUCGGUUUCCAACUUCAGAAGGUGGAUUCUCUGAUCGGUAAACAGGUUAACUUUCUGAAGAGUCCUUGGAACAUAACACUGUUUGGCCAUGUUGUCCCCCAACAUGGCAAAGAAGAGUUACAAACAGCGGACCGAGAAGGUUCAGGUUGGUUGCAUGUCAGGGCUGAUCCGCAUGUUCGACUUCCGUCGUGGUCAGAAAUAUCUUUCAGAUGGAAGCCGACGGAUCGAUAUAUAUUCAGCUAUAAGGGGCCUAAAAGGUUCUGAAGACUUCCACCGAAUUAUGGCUACAGAUAAUGACAGAAACCAUGGGGUUGAAGCAAUAUAUGCCAGCAGGACAAGUAUCAAAGCACUGAUGGAAGAAGAGAUGGCCAAUGGCACACAGCCCUUGAAGCAACCACAAAGAAACACAUUUGGGGUAUUCUCUAAUGAUACAAAGUCCAUGAAUUUGCAUGAAGGAUCUGAUAUUGACCUAAACUUGGCUGCUAGUCUCAAGGAAAUUUACAGAAGUCAUAAUGAAAGUCAGGGCAGUAGCGAUUCAACCGAAUCUGGUAAUAUUUCUUAUUCGAUUGACCAAGAGAACAAUGCCAAUGCUGCCGCAAAGCCCAAUCAGAUCCCCUAUAUUAUUCAGAAAGCACUAGAAGAUGUGGCUGAAGCGGUAAUAAACCACCAAUCAGCGAAUGCUGAAUACAUAACCACCAGUGGUGAAGCUAGGUCCAAAGAAUUGGUUGAUGCACUGCAACUGCUGAGCUCAAACAGAGAGUUGUUUCUGAUGCUUCUGCGGGACCCAAGCUCUAGACUGUUACAAUGCCUCCAGAACCUUUACACAUCACUAGGAGGUCCCAAGCUAGAACCGGCAGAACCUGAUGAAGUAACUAAGUUGCAAGGUGUGACUAACAAUAUAGAGCAGUCGGAGGUUUCGCCAUGUAAAGGGCAGAGAAAGAAUAGUUCUUUCUUGAAAGAGGAUAAAUUAGUCAUAAGGAAACCAUCACAGCUAAAUGAUAUUUCCCGUGGCCAUAGCACAAUAGUAAUCUUGAAGCCAAGUCCUGCAAGAAAUCAGAGCAGUCUGAUCUCAAGUAGUGUAACUUCUUCGCCACUAUCAAAUCAUAGUAAUUUGCAAGGUCAGGUCGAAAGUGGCAAACCUGGUCACCAUUUCUCUCUUAGAGAGCUUAGAAGGAGGCUAAGGCUUGCCACCAUGAGUAGUACUUUUCAGAAUGCUGAUCCACCCAAGCAGUUGGCUGCCGAAAGUAUGUCGAUAAGUUCAGAAAGUACAGAUUCUUCUGACUGUGAGAUAGCUAAGCAACCAUCCAUUGAUGACAAGGAAACAAAGUUUGGAGAUAGUGGAAUUGGCAUGGGAAAUGAUGCCACUCAUGGUGUUGGCUCGUUCUCCUAUGAAAAAGCUAGGAAGCAUCUAAUUGAGAAGCUAGACAAUCAAGAUGAAUACAUUUAUCAGACUUUACGUAAAUCAGAAUCCAUUGGGAGGUUAAUUUCAUAUCCGGAUUAUGACACGUUUUCUCCCAGUCAUUUACCUACAGAGGGUACUACUGUAUCUCAGGAAGCGGCAGACUCAGGGUUACAAAUAAUUGAGCACGAUGACAGUUCAGCAAAAUUGAUCCCACCAAGCGAAUACCAAGAGACAGUAUCGACGGAUGCAAGCACUUCAGCUACUAAACAGUUGGAUGAACUCAGGGCAGAUGUGUUGGAGGAGCACACUAUUUCUCAGGAGCUAAUAAAUGAAGAUGUUAAGAACAUGCAGGGUGCAGUGGAAAACCUACAACUCUGUAACGAGGUCGAGGACUCAACUGAAAGCUUUGAAGAAAUAAAUUCAAACCAGUUCUCCUCCGAGGAACCACAUCCCAUGAAUGGGUUACCAGAAGUGACCCUGCAUUCUCUUGAGGACCCUGUUGAGGAACAAGACGAUCGUAGUCCAUCAGCAGUUGUUGGACUAGCCAAGCCAGCCAUGUUGGCAUUUGAUUGCUUGCCAGAGAAUCCUGAUGACAAAGAGGCGAAACUUAGUCCACAAUCUGUUCUGGAUUCUUCCUUGGGAAAUAGUUCUAGUCCUAGCCAGAAAACGCGAAAACAAGAUGAGUUGUCGAUGCCUAGCUCAAAAGUUCUUUUCGAAGAACUUGAUACUCCUUCAUCGCCAACCUUGCAGAACAGAUCGGAAACAACUAUUCUUUGUGAUAAAUAUGAAAGGGUUUCCUUCAUUAAAUCCGUGCUAGAAGCUUCAGAAUUGCUGGCCAAGGGAACUUCGGAGAGGUGGUAUAUGGAUGUGUCAGCGCUUGAGACAUCUGUACUGGCUGAAAUAGGAAUGUCAUACUGCCUGACAGACGAUGUGGUUCUCCUUUUUGAUUGUGUUGAAGAAGUUCUUCUCAAGAUAAGUGACAACUUCUUUGGUGGUAACCCUUGGGUAGCUUUUCUGAAACAAAAUGUGAGACCAGCUCCACUGGGAGCAGAACUCAUUCAAGAGGUGGCUAAGUGCAUCGAUUCGAUUGUCGACGCUGAACUUCCAAAAACACUGGACCAGGUGGUGAUGAAAGAUUUGGAAGUUGGGCCGUGGAUGGACCUUCGAUGCGAUACUGAAAAUGUUGCUAUUGAGGUGUGGGAUGGUGUGCUUGAUGACUUGCUGGAAGAGAUGGUAUUUGACCUGUGGCUUUAAGAUUGUAGAUCUCUGUAGUCAUCCAUGAAGCUGCAACCGACAAAUCUGAAAAGGAUCUUAUAGAUUUAGCAGUGUUUUCUUUGCUGAAGAAGAUGAAGGUUCAGCAGUGUUCUGUUAUAAGGAGAGGUAAAGUCAGUAUUGAUAGAUUUCAACAGAUUAUAGAGUUAGUCAUCAUUUCAUCAUGACAGAGUUAGAUUCCAUCUCCGGAUGGAGUGAAUAACAGUUUUUCGUGCAGCCGAGUAGGCGAGUAGCUGUGUCCAAACACCAGGAAUUGGUUUGUUAUGCUCCUUUUCUCAAUCCCCGUUCGCUGUAAAAUUGUGAAAACAGGAAAAAUAAAUCUGGCUGUGCAUACAUUGUGCCUU